AAUGUUGACCUUUUAUUAAAUAAGAAAUGCAAUCUUGAAAGUUUGUCUAUAAGCCAAAAUUUGUCAACUUUUUAUACACAUAUACAAAUAUAUAAAUGAUUUAGCUCUGAUAUUAUUCCAUUUUCAACAAUCCUCCAACCACCCUUUAAUAUCUAAUGUUUCCAAGUCUUUCAAAAUUCAGUGAUGCCUCUCUUUUCUAAGAAAGCUAAUGACCAACCUAAUCAAAAAACGCUUGACUUCCAAUCCUUGAUAAUUUCUCCUAAGAUGUCAUCCUCGACUUAAAAAGGAUACUUUUCAUUUGGGCUAUGUAGUAAAGAAAUUCUUUUAUACUAAGUUAUUCAUGUCUAACUUUCUUACUCUCCAUAGUGGUAUGGGUUUUGAAAAACAAAUAUCUUUCCUUUCUAAAGAUCUUUAAGAAAGAAGUUAAAAAUAAUUUGCACAAAAACCUUUAAUCUAUAUAUAUACAUAUAUAUAUAUAGAGAGAGAGACAGAAAGAGAACAAUUAGAUAAAUAGAACUAACUUUUAAAGAACCUAUGAUUAGCAAUUCUUAUCUUUUUGAAAAGAUAAAAAGUGACUAACUUUAAAAGAACAUGUCACAUGAGCGAUCACUUUUGAGUGGGGUAUACUCUCGUUGCUUUAUGAAAUUUAAUUACUAUCUCGCAAUUUGAUUUUCAAGAUUCUCUCAUCCGAUAGUCGAAAUCAUUAAAAAAAUUUUGUUUCAUCAUUUAGGUCAUCAUUAAGAGGGUCAUUACCUAUGUUGACUCUAGUUGUAUAAUCUUUAGAUUGAUCUUUACCCCUUUUGUAUUAGUCCAAAUAAAUGUGUAACAGUUGGAUGUAGCUUGUCUAAGAUAUGAAGGUGAUCUCUCUUAGACCCUGGCUAUUGUGAAACACAUUAAGGUCAGGAUAAAUUUUUUAAAUUUUGUCCUCAAUAAAGAGGGUACAUCCAACUAUAAAAUCGUCACUAUAAAAUCGUCACCUUUUACCUAUAUAUGUGCCAAAGUCUUGGCUUUUCAGUGUCUAUGUUGCUUGGUGAGAGAUUAGUUGGUGGAUGGCCAAGUCUAAACGUCUCUAUGAAGAGGCAGUAGUUUACAUCUUCUUAAAUGAUCAUGUUGUGCUAGAAGUAAAUGCAUACCUUUUCAUUCAAGUGCCUUGCUCUAAAUUGUGGAAUAAUAGGUAUCUCAAGUAAAGCCCAUGCCAACUCUAUUAAUAUUAUCCUAAGUUUAUUGUUGAAGGAAUUGUUGAAUUAUCUUCAAUUUGGUGUUACCUAAGACUUCUAGCUUUUGAAAGAAAGAUUAGUUGUCUUGAAUCUUUAGGCAACUCUCACAAAGGAAUUCUUAGAUUGAAAUGUAACCUGAGUUGUCUUUGAGUUGUCUUUGAGAAUCAUCUACUGGUGGAAUAGAUGAUGAACUAUUAG